AAUCCUGUUUGCUGGGUCUGGUGCUUUCUGUCAGAGAGGAGGGUUGAAGGAGGUCGUUAUCUGAUUAGUUGCGUUAAAAUAGCAUGAGAAAGAUGCUAACAAUCAUAUCUAACGUUCUGAGGGGCAACGCCAGCAGGAACGGAGCGGAACUUGUAUCAGAGGGAGCUAGAGUGGUGGUAUCAGCCAGGACAUAUGCAGACUUCACCCCUCAGGCCUCCUUUGACAUAAAGAAAUGUGACUUGCAUAAGCUGGAGGAGGGUCCACCCCAGCAAGCGGUGCUUACAAGAGAAGAGGGGCUUCAUUACUACCGCACCAUGCAGACCAUAAGACGCAUGGAACUUAAAGCUGAUCAGUUGUACAAGCAGAAGAUCAUUAGAGGUUUUUGCCACCUUUAUGAUGGACAAGAAGCAUGUGCGAUGGGUAUCGAGUCAGGUAUUAACCUAUCAGAUCAUCUUAUCACAGCCUACCGUGCCCACGGGUAUACCUUCACAAGAGGGGGCACGGUUCGGGAGAUCAUGGCUGAGCUCACUGGUCGUAGAGGAGGUAUUGCAAAAGGAAAAGGAGGGUCUAUGCACAUGUACACUAAACAUUUCUAUGGAGGAAAUGGAAUUGUGGGAGCUCAGGUUCCUCUUGGAGCAGGUGUAGCGUUGGCUUGCAAAUACCAGGGCAAAAAUGAACUGUGCGUCUCUCUUUAUGGUGAUGGUGCUGCAAAUCAGGGUCAGAUCUUUGAGACGUACAACAUGGCAUCUCUGUGGAAACUACCCUGCAUUUUCAUUUGUGAGAAUAACAAGUACGGCAUGGGCACAUCCGUGGAGAGAGCGGCUGCUAGCACCGACUACUAUAAGAGAGGCGAUUUCAUUCCUGGAUUGAGGGUAGAUGGUAUGGAUGUCCUUUGUGUGAGGGAGGCUACCAAAUUUGCUGCUGAACACUGCAGAUCAGGAAAGGGACCCAUUUUGAUGGAGCUGCAGACGUAUCGAUACCAUGGUCACAGUAUGAGUGAUCCAGGAGUCAGCUACCGCACGCGCGAGGAGAUCCAGGAAGUGCGCAGUAAGAGCGACCCUAUCUCAUUGCUGAAGGAUCGCAUGUUAAGCAACAACAUGGCCAGCGUGGAGGAGCUUAAGGAGAUUGAUGUUGAGGUUAGAAAGGAGAUUGAGGACGCUGCUCAAUUUGCCACGACAGACCCUGAGCCUCCACUGGAGGAUUUGUGCAAUCACAUCUUCUUCAAUAACCCUCCAUUGGAAGUCCGUGGCACCAAUCCCUGGAGCAAGCUCAAGUCCGUCAGCUAAAACACCUUUCUGCAUCCCAAUCGGCCUCCUAAAAGAUAAUACUGUCCUAUUCGAGCGCACAUCAUAGUAAAAUGUUACACCCUUUAUGUGGCUUUUGGUUUCAGAGACACUGUUUUUUGGUAACCCAGAAAGAUCUAAUGGCCACAUUGUGACAAGUUGCCUCAUUUCACAUUGUCAUUACCUUGUUUUCUUGUUCUCUUCAUAAGAAGAGUUGAGCAUAACUUAUUUUCCAUUCUUCCUCCCUUUUACAAGAUGCAAAUUUUAAAAGUUUCAUUUCUAAACACUGCAAUAAAAUAGUAAUUGCCCAAAAAAUAUUUUUUUGAUCGCACUGGAAAUCGCAUGUAAUGUGUAAGGAAACAUGGUGGUAUUUGGCAUGUCAUUUUUAAUACAUCCUAAGGGAGUCCAGUGCCUCCUGCUUAAAUGAUUACAGAGAACUUCACUCAAAGUGAAGUCAUUACAGACAUGCACAUACAUUUCACUCUCUUUAUGUUAACAGGAGAGUGCAAACUGCAGUCAAGUUAUCAGAUAAAAGCAACCAUAUCUUUAUUGAAGCUCUGUACACCCAACGUCCUGUUUUUUUCUGAAAGGGAAUUUAUUCAUAACAUUGUAAACUAAUAUUUAUGGGGUUUAAAAUGGUGUGUUUUAUUUGCAUCCGUUGUAAAUGAAAUCUGUCCCUACUAGAUUCAUUUAUAGAUUUGAUGUGUAACAAAAAAACAGAAUAAAUCAAGAUUCAUGAUUUGAAAUAAACUGUGGCUUAAAAAAGAAAACUAUAAAUAUGCUGAAUAUAUUUUCAUCCUUUCCUUCACGUUUACUUAAAACCAGGUCUUUGUUGUCACAUAUUUAUUAUUAGACAAUGAUUUUGUUAUGAACAAUGUUACCUGGGUAUAUAAGGUCUCAAUUGGCAAUGCCCAUGUUAGGGGUGCCAGGGUCACAGGUCAAGCCUUUAUGCCUUGUUGAAAAGAAUGAGGAGUCAACAAGAUCAGCCAAUGUAUGUGUUAUCUAAUGAGGUCUUUAUACCAUACAUCUAAAAAAUAAAGAUAUAAAAUAUGUUAUGUA